AUGACUGUAUCAAACGAUUUAUUGUCCCCACCCCCACACCCAGCCAGAUCCUGGCUAUUCUCAAGCCUCUGGGCUUGUUUCACAGUGGCAGCCCUGGUCUUUCUAAGUGCUGUGUUCUUUACGUUUCCAGGCCGAGCACUGGCGCAAAAUGGAGAGUGGGCCUACCCAGUGGUCUCCGGACUUCUCUGCCUCCUGAGUUUGUACAGCCUCAUUGGCAUGAAUUUUUCGGACCCAGGCAUUUUACACAGAGGUGCCUUCGAGCAGGACCCUGAGGCUCCCUACAUGGCACGAGUGAAUGGCAGGUUGUACCACAUGCCGUGGUGUCCCACCUGUUAUUUUCACUGCCUGCCCCGAACCUUCCACUGCAAAAGGUGUGACAUCUGUGUGGAGGAGUUCGACCACCAAUGCAGGUGGGUGAAUAACUGCGUGGGACACCGAAACAUCCGGCUCUACCUGCUACUCCUCUUGUCUCUGUGCCUCUAUCUGGGUACCGUGCUGGCCACCUGCGUGGUUUUCAUCAUACGCAGGAGGAACAUCGCGUUUCUGGACAAAACCAUGACCAUCCUGGUGGCUGUACCCGCUGGGGCCCUCCUGGUCCCGCUCAUCCUGCAAUUGUUUAUCAAGGCAGUGGCGGUGGGCACCGCCAGGCGACCCUAUGAGGAGAAGCAUGACAACGCAUUCAAUGUGGGCUGCACAAGAAACUGUUACAUCGAAUUGUGUGCACCCUUGGGACCUAAGUACAUGUCUGAGGCGGUCUGCCUUCAGGCGGACGAGGGGACCAACUGGGGGCCAAAAGAACACCUUAAAGACCUCCAUUGGCCCAGGUGCACCACUCAGGCCCCCCCAAGGAGUGGCAAGUCUGCACCUGUACAGAAGGGCAUGCCAGAGCAGGGGGCUCAGUUGCCACAAACCUUCAGGGUCCUCAAAGGAAAGCCAACGGAGCAUCCUCAACAGGGUGUCAACAAGUAUUAUAACGCCAGCACCUUGAAACAGAAGAAAGUCAGACUUUCACCUCCUGAGAAGGAUUGCUUCCCUUCUGGAACACCUGCACUGAACACCAAGGGGCCAGAAACAUCAGCAAUAGUAAUGGAGGAAGAUGAUGGUGAUGGAGAGGUGCGGCCUGUCACUGCCCCAGGACAUGGCCACACAAGACCAUACCCACUCUUGGACAUGGCAGAACGGCUCACAAGUUAA